UGCUCCGGCGGGGCCAUGCCGGGCAGGAGGGUGCGCGGGCGGCGCGGGACGGGGGCAGGGACACGGACACGGAUACAGACAGGGACACAGACCCCGGAGCGGCCGCGGGCGGAGCUGUCCGGCGGCUCCCUUAGGCCCGGCCCGUUCUGCCCGCAGUGCGGGCUCGCCGUGGAACCCACGUUCCGCUUCUGCCCGGCCUGCGGCGGGAGGCUGCCCGCGCCGCCCGAGGAGCGCACCGAGCCCGCAGCGCCGGCCCCGAGCCCGCCGCCAGUCCCGAGCCCCGCCGCCUCCUCCUCCCCGCGGGCGUCCGCGGCCCGGCUGGGGCCCCGCUCGCCCCGCUCGCCCCGCAAGCCUCGGGCCGGCCCGGCCGUGCCGCUCCCGGCGGACACGGUGCUGACGGACCAGGGAGGGCGGCUGUGGAAGCUGGUGCGGCUGCUGGAACAGGGCGGCUGUGGGCUGCUGUACGAAGCGCAGUCAGCAUCUGGAACCUGUCCUCAAAAGCAAAGCUACUCCCUCAAACUUGAUGCCAAAGAUGGGAGGAUCUACAAUGAACAGAAUUUCUUCCAGCGAGCUGCAAAGGCAGGCACAGUGGAGAAGUGGAAGAAGUGGCAUUCCGUGCCUCUGCUGGGCAUCCCCAACUGUGUUGGCUUUGGACUGCAUGCAGACAGCUACAGGUUUUUGGUGUUCUCUGAUUUGGGGCGAUCUCUUCAGUCGGUCCUGAGCGAUGGCCUGCACCUGCUGAGGGAGAAGGCAGCUUUUCAGAUUGCAGUUCGUGUGCUAGACUGCCUGGAGUACAUUCAUGAGAAUGAGUAUGUGCAUGGGGACAUCACUGCUGAGAACAUCUAUCUGAACCCAGCAGACCUCACACAGGUGACCCUGGCUGGCUACGGCUUCGCCUUCCGCUACUGCCCCGGGGGGAAGCACGUGGCUCUGCGCGAGGGCAGCAGGACCCCUCACGAGGGCACGCUGGAGUUCAUCAGCCUGGACAGCCACAAGGGCACAGGACCAUCUCGACGGAGUGACUUGGAAUCUCUGGGCUACUGUCUUCUGAAAUGGCUCUGUGGCACUUUGCCUUGGUCUGAUGAGCUGGACAAAGUAAAAGCUGUGAUGGAACAGAAAGAAAGGUACAGAAAGGAUGUGAGAUGCCUUCUCCAGCUGUGCUUCAGGCAGAGAUCCAUUCCAGAUGCCCUGCAGAACUACCUGGAGCAGGUGCUGGCCCUGCAGUACGAGGACAGGCCUGACUACGCAGCCUUGCGGCAGCUCCUGAGGCAGCCACUGGAAAAGAUGAGAGCUUCAGCAUACGACUGUGUGGAUGUGCCAGUGGUGCCCUGAGAGCCUGCCAUGGGACAGCAGCUCUGCUCUGGGUGUCAGCCAGCAGCAGAUGCAGCCACAGCUCACCCACCUGUUCUUUGCCAAUUUCUUCAUAGCGCUCAUCUUCAAAUCGCUGUUUGACUGCCAUGAGGGACACCUGCCUGUAAUCCUUUGGGACAUCAUCGUGGAAGCUGGAAAGAAAGAUUGAAACCCCUAUCUUACAAUGGAUUUUGUGAAACAGUAUUAAGAAAACCUGCCAAGUUAGAUAAUUUUCCUCUGUCACUCAGUGCUGUGCUAAGGGAGUUGGUGUUUCAGAAGCUUCAUCAGGACACCUGGUGGCUUCUAAGCAUGUGAGCAUCUAAUUCCUUUUCUGUCCCUGUUUUCUGUGACCCAGGGCCAGACCAGCUGGCAGAAACAGAACAGCUGUCCCUGAACUGAACCUUAGUGCCUUGUGACAGGGGAGCAAGGCAGCCAACCAAAGGCCCUUCCUUCACUGGGAAGGGCUGACUGUACAGGUGCAGCACAUUUGCCAGAGCUGCAAUCCAAGUACUCCUGUGUCCCCUCAAAGAGUCCCAAAACAAUUACCACUUUUGGUGGAGGCUCAGCACGCAGGGCAAGAGGUCUUCUUGAGAGAAACCAGUGCACUCAGACAGCUGGCUGGUCCAGGAGUGUGCUGGAGAAGAGAGUACAUAUUCAGAUACUGAAUUACAUAUUCAUGAAGUGUAGUAGUUCUGUAGUGAGUCAGCUUAUUUUCUUUAAUAGGUUAAGGAUCGUGAUAUUUGCAAGCUUAAAUCUAUCCAUAGUUUGUUCAAGUUCACAGCUGGCUUUAAGGACAGGUUUAUCUGCCAAACUGAUGUUAGACCUAACAGCAGAAAUCUUCAGGCUCAUUUGAAUCAAAGCCUGCAUAGUCUGAUGCUAAUGCUCUAGUUCAUCACUGCAAGUAAGAGGUAAAAUAGACUCAGAGAAUUCAUGGAAUGGUUUGGGUUAGAAGGGACUUCAAAGCCCAUCUCAUUCCAUGGCAGGGACACCUCCCACUAUCCCAGCUUGCUCCAAACCUUGUCUGACCUGGCCCUGGACACUUCCAGGGAUCCAGGGGCAGCCACAGCUGCUCUGGGCACCCUGUGCCAGGGCCUGACCACCCUCCCAGAGAACAAUUCCUUCCCAAUAUCCCAUCCAUCCCUGUCCUCUGGCAGUGGGAAGCCACUUCCCUUGUCCUGUCUCUCUAGGCCCUUGUAAAUAGACUCUUGUCCAUGUCUCCUGUCAGCUCCAUUCAGGUACUGGAAGGCCACAAUUAGGUCACCCUGAAGCUUUUCUUCUCCAGGCUGAACAAUGCCAAUUCUCCCAGCCUUUCCUCAUAGCAGAGCUGUUCCAGCCCUCUAAUCAUCCGGGUUGCCCAAUACAGCCAAACAGGCUGAACUCAGCUCUUCAUUUUGACUUCUUACACCUGUCCCCUUCUUCUCCACCCCUCUGUCCACCUCCCCCAGCCAAGUGAUUGGGACAUCUUGCCUAAAGACAAACUAACACCCAAAAAACCUCCCUAGAAAGAGAAGGCAGACUGGCAGUGUGUGCUUGAGGUAAGAUGGGUUACCUUGCCCGUGCAGGAUC